ACAAAAAACAAACACAAAACUAACUGUGAUUUUGGCUUUGGGGAAUACCAAAGAGUAUUUGUACGGAGCAACGAAAUCGAACUGUUUUUCCAGUUCUGAGUGAGAGAUAUCUCCACAAAUAUAUUAUCAAAUAAUACAUCUCCUGUCGGGUCGUCGGAUUGUCGGUUUCUCGUUGGGUCGUCGCGAAGCAUAUAGUAAAAACAGAUUCUGCUGCAGCUGCGGAACAAUGCAACAAUGUGAGACGGGACAGCAGCGAGAGACGAAGCAGCAGCAGCAGCAGCGAACCCCAUACACCAGCAGUAGCAGCAACCCCACCAGUCCCCAUCCUCAGCCGCCUAGCGAGGACUGCAACGCCAACGCCAACGCCAGCGACCACGCCUACGCCUACGCAAGCGUUUGCUGAGGCAGCAGCAGCAGCAGCAGCAGCAGCAGAGAGGAGCGGAAAGCGAGGAGGGCAAAGCAAGCUGACAAGAAGAGCGACAGACUGACACGCGGAAGAGUGAGAGUGAGGUUGAGAGCGAGAGUGAGAGUGAGAGUGAGAGAGUCACGGGAGAGAGACACGUCGGGUAGGUAGGCCAAGGCCGAGGCCAUGCCCAGCACAGCCGGCAGCGCUGCUAGCGUCGGAGCUUUGAUCAACAGCGCCGGCAGCAGCGCCAGCGUCAUGGGCAUCGGUGCGGGCGGCGGCAGUGGCGUGGGCACAGGUGUGGCUGCUGCUGCCGCUGCCGAGGUGGGAGCCGGUGCUGCAGCCGCCGCCUCAGCGGGCACCCUGAUAGCGCAGAGCACGGCGGGUACGAGCGCCGCCAGCGGCACGAUCACGUGGGACAACAACGGCACCCUGCGCUCCAUCAAUCCCGGUGACUGGUCCAUCGAGCAGUGCCUCAACUGGCAGCAGCCGCACCACCUCUACUUUCAGCUCGGCUGGGCCUUCCUCUUUCUGGCCUUCCUGGCCCCCCACGGCCCCUUCGGCUCGCUGUGGAUGCGGGCGAUGCUGCUGAUCGGCUGCAUCAUGAUGGGGAUGUACGGCUAUCUGGUGGAGUGCACCCCGGAUGUGGUCCUCUGGUCAGGCCUUGGCAUCGGCGUCAAUUUCAUCUAUCUCAUUGUGGUGCUCUGUCGACUGCGACCCGUGCGCUUUGAGCAGGAAAUUGAGGCGGUAUACAUGGCCCUGUUCCAGCCACUGCAUGUGACGCGACAUCAUUUCAAAAAGGUGCUUAACUGCAUGAAGGUUAUACGUGCCCUGAAGUACCAGGAGGUCUAUGCCCAGGAGAAGGUCACCAAGGUCGAUAGCCUGUCGCUGGUGCUGAGUGGCAAGUUGGUCGUGUCGCAGCAUCAGAGGGCAUUGCAUAUUGUGUUUCCCCAUCAGUUCCUAGACUCGCCGGAAUGGUUUGGCGUAUCGACAGAUGAUUACUUUCAGGUCUCCAUUAUGGCCAUGGAGGAGUCCCGUGUGCUCAUCUGGCAUCGCGACAAGCUCAAAUUGUCAAUUAUGGCCGAGCCCUUCUUGCAGACCGUCUUUGAUCAUAUAUUGGGUCGGGAUGUUGUGAAGAAACUCAUGCAGGUCACACAGGUGAGCGAAUCGAUAGCCAGCAAUGGCUUCCUGCCAUCUGGGGGUUAUGCGGAGGAUGCCGAGGAUAAGCCGAUGCUCAUACUGAAGAAAAGCGUGGAUGUGGGCCAUGGACUGACGGCGCUUAUCAAUCGACAGCUGCAGGAAGAGCAUGUUCCCUUACUUGGUCGCACGUACAAACAACAACUGCAACUGCAACUGCAACAAGAACAACUGCAACUGCAACACCAACUGCAAAUGCAACUGCAACUGCAACAAGAGCCACGAGUGCACGAGUCCUCCUCCACCUCGAACAACAACGAUCAAAGUGCUCUGUAAAAUGAAGGGGGAAAUGAAGAAAUGCUGCUACAACGAUGCCACUCGCAGCUCGCAACUCGCUACUCGCUCCACUUGCCAUACCAACAAAACAGUUCACCUCUGACCCAAAACCAAAACAAAAAAACAGACGACAAUCAACCAAUCACGACACGAUACCUCCACCGCCUCCGCCACCGCAGAAGGUACACACACACACGCAAUCGCUGAGAACAGGAGCCCACCAACAGCAACAGCAGCAGCAGCAACAGCAGCAUUAUCCUCGUCAUCAUCCAGUCCAUCAUUCACUCAUCAAGCCGAUCCGAUCGCAGAGAGAGCCAGCGCCAACUCCAGCGCCUGUUCAUCAUCCAGAAGCAAACAUCGCAUCGCAUCUCAUAGAAUCUAGCACACACACACACACUCCCCCGCCUCCUCCUCUAGCCAGAUCUAAUCACUCUAAUAGCAUUACAAUAUGUACUCUAUAUGUUUUGUAUAACCAAACGAGAAACCCCAAACCCAAAACGAAGAUCCAAACAAACAAGCCAGGCACCAUUCAAAUUUCGCAGACCAAACAAAUCUAACUUGUCACUCUACACUCUCCCGCACUGAUACCCCAAGUACACGCCACAGAAAAUAAUAGGAAAGGAAAGCAAUACAUUUUCCACAGAAGUUGAGGCCCAUCAAUCGACACCGCUAAUGAAAGAUCACAGGGAAGGCAGCGGAGCUAUAAAUUGAAUUGAAUUGAAUCAGCGGAAUUUGUUGAAGUUAAUUCAAAUCCUUGAAUACGACUACUCGUAUGAGUUGUAGUCAAACCAGAUCCACAUCCAGAUACGAACAUGAGAUACUCGACUGAUCAUGAUCAAACAUUCACAUACUUGAUGUUUGAUUUUGAAUAAGUGUACUCUCGCGCGAGUAUAGUAUGUUGUAGUUAAGAUGUUUGUUUGACUCUGAUCAUGAUCAUAGGCUAGUUCUCUGACAUAUGAUCUUGCAGCGUAGCGAGAUCUGAAGUUGAUAGACGUUUGUGACUGAUCUUGAGCACAGAUUCAAAUUAGAUUAAGAUACUUGACUGUAGCUUAAGAGAUUUCUCAUCAAAGAUUAGACUUUUGGUGUAGAUUAUGUUCUGUUUCAUAGAUUGUGUCAGUCGUGGCAAUCGAUAGAUAAUUGUAAUCUGCAGCUGUAUGAAUUUGCAACUUCUUCAAGAUCCUAAAAAGAUAGUGCCACCAGCAGAGACAUCAUUGAUUCGGAUACUCGAAAAAAAAGCAACUGGUUGGAGAACAGCUCUCGACUUCAGCGAUUGAAGAUCGAGCGAAGAUCAAUGUGUGAUGAGUGGUGUUGGGGCGGGGGCGGGGGAAUCGAGUGACAAGUGAUGAUGAUUAAUGAAUGAUAAAUGAUCUUUUAACCCAAAAUGAAAUCUUCAAAAGAUCUGUUCUCUGAAUGAAUUUUUGUUAUCUAAUAUACUUUCUACCCAUUUGUUUGUCAUUAACACAUUUAUAAUAUUAUUGCUAUUAUUUGUUGUUUGUGUUCUCCACAUUUAUGUUGAUUUGCAUACAAAUUGAGCGCGAAAACUAAUUAGAAUUAAUAUUUAAUACUGUGUAAGCAAUACCUAGGCACCUAAGUCUUUGUACAUACAUAACCAUACUUGCAAUAUAGGACAUACACAUACUCUAUAACCAUGCUAUAUAUAUUUAUAUCUGAUCUGCUGUGUAUAAUCGCCCCGCUCCAAUCGCAGGCCCAAGUCCCAUAUCCCCCCACACGAUACCCCAACAAAUAAUUAUUUGUAUAACGAAAGGAAUAAAUGUGAAUGUGUAAACAAGCCAAAAACGAAAGCAAAUAAAAAACUAAAAAUCA